UUCAGUCCUCUCUUUCAACUCAUUGGGUAUACACUCAACGAGGUACAUAGCAACAACCAUCGCCUCCCCUUCCCCCCUCUGUCCUUCCAUUAGUACUAAUAAAUAAAAGUUCACUAUGAAUAGUCAAGAAUUACUAAAUCCUAGCCAAACGGUCCCCAAUUUUCAAGAAGAAAGAAAAGACACCACCGUUAGCACCGUUGCUACAAACAGUGACACCACCUCCACGAGUACUACUAGCAGUAACAGCAAUAAAAAAGGCAAAGGUAAAGGAGGACCAGACAACAACAAAUUCAGGUAUAGAGGUGUAAGACAACGUAGUUGGGGGAAAUGGGUGGCCGAGAUCCGUGAACCUCGUAAGCGUACACGCCGAUGGCUCGGCACAUUCGCUACUGCUGAGGACGCUGCUCGUGCCUAUGACCGUGCCGCUAUUAUACUCUAUGGUUCAAGGGCUCAACUCAAUCUUCAACCAUCUAGUGGUAAUAGUAACUCAUCAUCUUCUUCACAGUCUUCCAGAAAAUCUACCUCUUCAUCUUCCACACAAACCCUUCGUCCUUUACUUCCAAGACCUUCAGGGACGUUCGGGUUUACUUUCUCGUCGUCGUCCCCUACAGCAGCACCAACCGGUGUCGGUGCUGCUGUAUCCACUGCUAAUGUGGAGCCUACUGAUUAUGUCCCCUAUGGGUUUUUUCCUGCUGUACAAUAUGCUGAUAUGUUACAACAACAUUCUCAGAUGUUGAGUCAAACCCAACUUCAGCAACAACAGUAUAACGUGCUUUGUGAUGGGUAUGGUCCUGAGGUUGAUAAUUAUUCAAACCCUAACCCUCACCCUAACCUUAGCCAUCAAGAGAAUUCGAAACCGCCGAAACAAGAAGAUGAAUUGUCUCAACAAUAUCAAAAUCAGCAGCAAAAUAAUUAUUCGUGUGAAGACACAAACCAUUUAAUGGGGUCAUCAAUACCUCUUUGUUCGACUCAAGCGAUGCAGGCUGCACCGGUGGUUUCAGAUCCGGUGGCGGUGAUGGGAGGUCCGGGAUCUCCCGUAUUUUGGCCGACAACUGAUGAUAGUUAUCCACCGGUUAAUAUUUGGGAUUAUGGCAAUGAUUCCUUCUUGUUUGAUUUUUAGAAGUUUCACAGAAAUGCAGGUAAGGCUAUCUACCAUAGACCCUAUGAUCGAGGUCUUAUUUGAUCUCCGCGCAUAGUGGAGCAUAGUACACCGGCUGUCUUUUUUUUUUUUUUUUUUUCUGGAAAAGCGGAAGCUGGUAUUGGAAGAUGAUUUGUUUGAGUUGCAUGCAAGAAUAUAUAUGAAUAUAUAUAGUUAUAAUCACUGCGUCCGUACACAUACAAUGGAUUGGAGAAAUGGAUGUAUGUUCAGUAUCUGAGGCAAAAGGGGUUAUUUUGUACUAAUGUUUCUGUUGAUUAACUGAGGGUGUGAAUAAAACACCAAGAUCAGGGUGACCAUUUAUAUACUGCUUUAUUAUCAGGUUAGAUAUCUCAAUUAAUUUUUUUCUUCACAACCAAGUGUACGAUGUUCUUAUUUUUAUCGUCAUAUCCAGUCAGGUUUCUGUGUUUGUUACUAGAUGAGUUUUUCGUCAUAUCCAGUCUGGUUUCUGUGUUUGUUACUAGAUGAGCUUUUGA